UCGGGACCAAGGUUUGAGAGGUCUGGUUAUAGGAUGCGCAAGGAUGUCGGGCUGCAUUACUAGUCGAUGGAAAGAGAUAAGGGUAGAGGCGACCCCAUAGGAGUAGUAGUUUCAAUAUCUUCGCGUGGUUUCCUUCGUCGGCCCAGCUCCGAGCCCUCAUCCAGAAGGGGAACACCAGCGUUUUCUCAAGCAGUGCUCACCAAGCAAAGCGAAGCUCAAGAUGGACUCACAAUACCAGCAGCCCCAAGGGCAAUAUUACCCAACACAACAGGGCAUCGAAAAGGGUCACAACAUGGGAGUGCCGCCUCAGAACAUGGGAUACAACCCCAACCAACAGCAAUUUGCAUACAGCAAUGGGCACAACCCCGCUGGUUAUAGCCACCACGUGGCCCCGGGCGCAGUGUAUACGCAGCCCGCACACACAUCCACAGCUCCGGCAUCGUCCGGGACGAGACGAAGCUCGUGCUUCGCCCUGAUGGCCGCGCUCCUCCUCCUCAUCGCCGCGGUCAUCGGGCUGAGCGCCGGCCUCGGCGUGAGCCAAAGGAAUCUGCGCAACGCAAAAGCCGACCUCGCAAGGGCAACAGAAUCGCCAGCAGCAGCAACAACAGUAUACGUGACAGCCCGGCCAUCCGCGACGGCCACGUCAACAUCAUCCUCGGCCUCGGCCUCGGCGACGGCGGACACGUCCAACAUCACCUGCCCGGGGUCCAACAACACGCUGUACACGGCCGACACGGACUCGAAGCGGUUCCAGCAGUACUGCGGCAUCGACUUCUCGGGCGACCAGGCCGUCGACGUGGGGAGCGUCAAGGUGACGAGCAUGGACGCGUGCAUGGACGCCUGCGCCUCGCAGUCCAACUGCACCGGCGCCGGGUGGGGCUACCUCGAGGGGGACAACGGCACCGAGCACAGCUGCUGGAUGAAGGCGAACCUGACGGAGCCCCACAACGCCACUGCCGAGUGGGCGUUUGCUAUACUGCUCACCAACGGGUCGGACUCCACGACGCGGGAGGCUAGGAAGCGCGGCGUGUUGUCUAGCUGGUGGUUCUGGUCGGUGUGAGCCUUGCGCGUGGUGGACCAGGAGCUGGGAGUUAAAAAUUGGCUGCUGCGUGCUCAUGUUGUAAUUAUUCGUUGCAUUCAGUAUGGAACAAGCAGCCAGAUAUAGCUCCAUGACAACAGUAGCUUCAUUUACCACCGG